AUGACAGUCCCAAUCGCCAGCGUCUGUCACAUCGCCUCGUUCACCCCGUACAACCAAUCGCAAUGCGCUCAAAUCCAGUCCAAUUGGGGAUUCCCAGCAACGCAUUACGAAAGUUCCUCGUCAAUUAUGGCGUCCGGAUUCAUGAAAUUGCGCUGCAAUCCCUUCUCGUCAAAAUCUUCACCUUGCGCGAUCGGGAACUACGUUGAGUACGCUGUGAACGUGACAGAUCCCGCAAAUGUCCAGAGGACAAUUAAUUUUGCUGCUCGUCACAACAUCCGCCUUGUCAUCCGUAAUACAGGACAUGACCUACUUGGGAAGUCCACUGGAGCUGGAGGACUGGCGAUCUGGAUGCAUCACAUGAAGGAUAUUUCCAUCGUAGAUUACGUCUCGUCACAAUAUUCCGGUAAAGCUAUGAAGAUGGGAGCCGGGGUCCAAUCCUUCGAAGCCAGCGACGCCGCUUAUAAAGCUGGGCUUGUUAUCGUCGGCGGGAACUGUCCAACCGUUGGGCUGGCUGGAGGAUAUUCGCAAGGCGGCGGCCAUGGCCAAUUGGUGUCCCAUGUGGGACUCGCCGCGGAUCAAGUCCUGGAAUGGGAGGUUGUUCUUGCAAAUGGGAAGCUAGUGACCGCAUCCCCAACACACUAUUCGGAUCUCUACUGGGCACUGUCCGGCGGAGGUGGAGGGACGAAUGGUGUUGUUGUGUCGAUGACGAGCAAGGCCUACCCUGAACUGCCGACAGCGUCAGGUAACCUUUCAUUCUCCGACAAGGGUGUAUCGCGAGAUACAUUCUUUGCAGCCGUCGCCAUGUUUAUUUCGAUUCUUCCCUCGGUCCGGGAUGCUGGGGGUGCAAGUGUUUGGUGGUUAAUGAACACUACAUUGUCAAUGACGCCUACUACCAUUCCGGGCAGAUCAGCGACAAUUUUCAAUUCCCUUUUUAGACCUUUGAUUUCAUUCCUCGAACAAAAGAACAUACAGCACAGUAAAGCAUACUAUGUGAACGGUUUCCCGACAUAUUACGACGCCUACCAGAUGAUGAGCCCACCAGACAACAUAACUGAUCAACUUGCUGGUGGCCGCCUGAUUCCAAGAUCUGUAGUCGAGCAGAACCUGGGCGAGCUUGUCAACACAUUCCGUAAUGUUGUCGAAAGAAACGCCGGGGUUCUCAUUUCAGGAGUUAUGGUCAACUCAUCUCGAGUUGCAUAUCCCGACAACAGUGUCAACCCAACCUGGCGAGAUGCGUUGAUGAAUGUCGUAAUUGGAGCGCUGUUCGACUACACUGACUGGGAGAGCAAUGUCGCUCGUCACCAGCUCAUUACCGAUAUUUUUAUGCCACCGCUAGAAGACCUGACACCUGGAAGUGGUGCAUAUUUGAACGAAGCAGAUCCAAACCAAAGGGAUUGGCAACAUGCAUUUUAUGGAGACAACUAUGACAGUUUACUAGAGAUCAAGAGAAAGUAUGAUCCUCACAAUAGGUUCUACGCUUUUAAGGCUGUGGGUAGUGAGGCUUGGAGAUUGGGUGAGAAUGGGCGAUUGUGUAGGUCUUAA